UAAUAAUGAUAGCCUCUUAAAUGAUGGACUCCAUCACUUGCCUUGCUGCCGACAUUCAGUUCUCCUUUUUGUACAUCACUGUGGUUCAAAGUGUGUCUCAGAACCGAACACAACAUUACCACUGUUGUUCUUUAUUUUUUAUAAACCUCAUAAUCCUAGCUCCUUGCUUCGAUUGAUAAAUUCCAUCCAUUCAAUUAGACAUGGGUUUGCUUCCACUUCCAAAAUCUUUGCCUUUAAUGGCUCUUUUAUGGGCAAUUUUAUUCACUCUGAUGACUUCUUCCACAACUCCGUUUGCAUCUGGUGAUGAUGAUGAUGGUAAGCUAUCAGCAUAUGAAGUUCUUGCAACAUAUGACUUUCCAAGGGGUCUUCUUCCAGUAGGGGUAGCUGGGUACGAGUUAAACAGAGAAACAGGCGAGUUCUCAGCUUAUUUGAACGGAACUUGUAAAUAUCGUAUCGAAUCAUAUACACUGGAGUACAAGUCUACGAUUACGGGUGUAAUAUCCAAAGGCAGGCUCAGGAAGUUGAAGGGUGUUAGAGUUUACGUUGUUUUGCUGUGGCUAAACAUCGUGGAAGUGAGUCGGGAUGGCGAUGAUCUCGAUUUCUCUGUUGGGAUUGCUUCAGCCAGCUUUCCAGUUGACAACUUUGAGGAGUCUCCACAGUGUGGGUGUGGGUUUGAUUGCGACAAGUUGAAGGAUGGCCUUGUUUCUUCUUCUUAAUUUGUUAGUUGAGAUUCGUAUUUCUGAUUGUAACGGGCUCGGAUUUGUGAGCUGAGCUUGUAGGAGUUGUAUGCUGCAGCUAUAAUGUGUUCUCCAUCAUAUGAAAUGAAUAUUUUUCAUUUUCUAGCUUCAA